AUGUCCAACGACGACGCCCAGCAUGAGAUGACCUUCGAGUCCACCGACGCCGGUGCGUCUCUCACCUUCCCCAUGCAGUGCUCUGCUCUGCGCAAGAACGGUCACGUCGUUAUCAAGGGCCGCCCCUGCAAGAUCGUCGACAUGUCUACCUCCAAGACUGGCAAGCACGGUCACGCCAAGGUUCACUUGGUCGCCAUCGACAUCUUCACCGGCAAGAAGCUUGAGGAUCUCUCUCCCUCCACCCACAACAUGGACGUCCCCAACGUCUCCCGCAAGGAGUUCCAGCUCAUCGAUAUCUCCGACGAUGGUUUCCUCUCCCUCAUGAACGACGAUGGUGACCUCAAGGACGAUGUCCGUCUUCCCGACGGCGAGAUUGGUGAGAAGAUCAACAAGCUCUUCAAGAUUGACGAGAAGGACACCAACGUCGUCAUUCUUACCGCCAUGGGUGAGGAGGCCGCCGUUGAGGCCAAGGAGGCCCCCAAGCAGGGUUAA